AAGUGUUGUGGUUGGGUUUUUGAGAGCCAGCUCUAGCGCCGGGGCUUACAACCCAGUUCUUUCUGUGUUUGACACUUGUACUGUCGGAGCCAUGCAGCUGGAUAAUGUCACCAAUGCGGGCAUCCACUCCUUCCAGGGGCACCGUGGAGUUGCCAACAAGCCCAAUGUGAUCCUGCAGAUAGGGAAAUGCAGGGCAGAAAUGUUGGAGCAUGUCAGGAGGACCCACCGGCACCUCCUGUCUGAGGUCUCCAAGCAGGUGGAGCGCGAGCUGAAAGGCUUGCAGAAAUCAGUGGGGAAGUUAGAGAAUAACUUAGAGGACCAUGUCCCAACUGAUAACCAAAGAUGGAAGAAGUCCAUCAAGGCCUGCCUGGCCAGGUGCCAGGAAACCAUUGCCCAUCUGGAGAGGUGGGUCAAGAGAGAGAUGAAUGUUUGGAAGGAGGUCUUUUUCCGUCUGGAGAGGUGGGCGGACCGUCUGGAGUCCAUGGGAGGCAAAUAUUGUCCCGGGGACCAUGGCAAGCAGACUGUGUCCGUUGGGGUGGGAGGCCCAGAGAUAAGGCCAAGUGAGGGGGAGAUUUAUGAUUAUGCCCUUGAUAUGAGCCAAAUGUAUGCACUGACCCCUCCUCCCGGGGAGGUGCCCAGCAUCCCUCAGGGCCAUGAUUCCUACCAGUGGGUCUCCGUGUCAGAGGAUGCUCCAGCCUCCCCAGUGGAGACCCAGGUCUUUGAGGAUCCCCGGGAGUUCUUGAGCCACUUGGAGGAAUACUUAAAGCAGGUGGGUGGAACAGAGGAGUACUGGCUGUCUCAGAUCCAAAAUCACAUGAACGGCCCAGCUAAAAAGUGGUGGGAAUACAAGCAGGACUCUGUCAAGAAUUGGGUCGAGUUCAAGAAGGAGUUCCUGCAGUACAGCGAGGGGACUUUGACUAGGGAUGCUAUCAAAAGGGAGCUGGAUUUGCCCCAGAAAGAGGGGGAGCCCCUGGACCAGUUCCUUUGGCGCAAGAGAGACUUGUACCAGACCCUCUAUGUUGAUGCAGAUGAGGAGGAAAUUAUCCAGUAUGUGGUAGGCACCCUCCAGCCCAAACUGAAGCGUUUCUUGAGUUACCCCUUGCCCAAGACCUUAGAGCAGCUGAUCCAAAGAGGGAAGGAAGUCCAAGGCAACAUGGAGCACUCUGAUGAGCCCAGCCCACAGAGGACCCCUGAGAUGCAAUCAGGAGAUUCUGUGGACAGCGUGCCUCCCUCAACUACUGCCAGUCCCGUGCCGAGCAAUGGGACUCAACCUGAGGCCCCUAGCCCACCAGCUACUGUCAUAUGAGCUAGUCCAAGGGAGGCGGCAGUCUGGGUUACAUGAAAGGGAGAAGAGGGCAUAUUUAGGAAGCUUCUCACUUGGAGAGAGGUUCUGGCUGAGACGAGACAUGAGGUGUGCUCAGUCCAACAGCCCAUAGCAGAGGAAUUAACUUUGCUUGUGGGGGGAGGGAGGCGAUGGGGGAGAGGCACCUUAGGAUGUGGUUGCCCACCUCACCUGAGCCAUGCAAUACGGUGGUGCUGGAGAUACUGCUUGCACCACUGUGGGGAACGGACAAUUUUAUGAGAUCCCUGACAAGAAACUAGAGACGAUUCCCAAUUUCAGAGGCAGCCGCUUCGCACUGGCGGCUUUCAAGGACUUCAUGCGAGUGCAGCAAUUGGCUGAGGGUUCCUACCCAUCUGGAUCUCUCCUCCUCCUUCCCUCCUCCC